CAGCCGAUUGGGUGGGCUUAUGUAGGUGGAAGGGGUCAGAGGUCGUCUGCGGGUGGGUUUUAAGGUCGUCUGGAGGCUCAUCUCCCAGUGGCAGGAUGGCGGGGGUGAAUGGAGACCGUAAAGGGAAGAAAGAUGACAACGGGAUCGGCACAGCCAUUGAUUUCAUGCUCUCCAAUGCUAAGCUUGUGCUCGGAGUGGGAGGAGCCGCAAUGCUUGGCAUCGCAACACUCGCUGUCAAAAGAAUGUAUGACCGUGCCAUAAGUGCUCCAACCAGCCCCACCAAGAUGGAGCACACAGGACAGAGAAGCUGGGAGGAGCCAGCCUGUAUGGGUUCGUCAGCACGGGUCCUGAACCACGGCAUGAAGUCCACGGUUAGCAGGUCCCUACAGUCUCUGCCCACUUCGUCACAUGCUUUUGAACCAGACUGUCUGCGGAGGGCUGUGGGUCGAGCUGCUGUGGGAGGCAGCGGUGCCACUCAGUCCGAUCUGCUGCGGGCCCGCAUGCGUUUGUCUCUGCAGGAACAUCUGUGGGAGUUCUACCAGAAUAAUGUGAACAUUCCCGCUGAUGAGCAGACUACGGCGAGGAGGGCGGCGCUGGACAUCUGUGCCGAGCUCCGAGUGUUUCUUCACGCCAAACUGCCUGACAUGCCGCUCAGAGAGAUGUACCUGAGUGGAAGUCUGUAUGACGAACUGCAGGUGGUCACAGCAGACCAUGCCCAGUUAAUGGUGCCUCUAAUCCUGGAGAAGAACCUGUGGUCGUUCAUCCCUGGAGAGGACACCAUCAUGAACGUCCCAGGUUUCUGGCUCGUCCGCAGGGAGAACUUGGAAUAUUUCCCACGGAACAGCAGCUACUGGGACCGCUGCAUGGUUGGAGGCUACCUGUCCCCGAAAUCGGUCCUCGAGGUCUUUGACAAGCUUGUGGCUGGCUCCAUCAACUGGCCAGCUAUAGGGAGUGUUCUUGACUACGUCAUCCGUCCCGUGGUUCCGUCAGAAACACUGACCCUGGAGGUGCAGUACGAGACGGACAGGAAGCUGUAUGUGGACUUCUUACCUUUACUCGUGAUGGAAGAUGGAACCUCACUAAUAGCUAAACCACAUCGGCUUGCUGCAGAGCGUCAUGAAAACCUGUGGCGGCAGAGCUUCCGUGUGCCUGAGACUGCUCGGCUCCGGGCUCUGGAUCAGGAGGAUGGAGGCUGCCGGUGCACCUGCCUGAAGGUGGCAAAGGCCAUGUGCAAGCUUAACCCUGCGCUUAACCGUCUGAACGCCAGCCAGCUCACCAACGCCAUCUUGUUGUUGAGCGAGAAGGAAGGUGACUGGACCCUGGAAGCUUUGGCCGAUCGCUUCCUCCAGCUGCUACGAGCGUUAGUGGGACACCUAGAGGCCGGGAGGCUGCCAUGUGCACUCAACCCUAAAGUUAACUUAUUCUGUGAGCUGACGGAACAGGAAGUGGAUGAGCUGGGGUAUACUCUCUACUGUGCUCUCUCAGAUCCUGAGGAGCUGCUGAGAACUGCUGUGGCAGAGCCACCUCCCUGACUCACUAGUCACGUGUCAAAAGUCAACCGUACCAAUAUGUGGGCAAUGGUGACCUCGAGCCAAACAGAGGUUCCUUGAAAGAAACAUCUGCAUGGAAUAAACCUUUCUCCUUAAAAACAGUCUCUUUAAUUUCUAAAUGUUCUAAAUGCCUCUUCACAAACAUCUGAGAGAACAUGUGAUUCACAGACUGUUUGAUGAGUAAUCAUCCAAGUAUUUUAAUCUCAGAAAAAAAAGUAAGGGUCCCCUGGAACUCAUGGCUCUCAGCAAAGUAUUAAGCAUUGUAUUAAUGAAGCAAAGAGAAGCCACACGAUCAAGGCCUCUCACUCUGGGAUGGAGGAACUGACCCCUGGUUGGAUUGAUUCAUAUAUAGAAUAUAGCUGUCUGUAUCAAAUGUCAGAUUUCACCUUUUUAAAAAUCGGUUGGAGUUAUAGGAAUAGCUUCAUGUCUGAUGCGGUUAUGGUCACUGUGGUAAUAGUGUUGAUGGUUCUGUGCCACUGUGUCGAGGGGUAGAAUGUAAUCUUGAUUGUGUGUAUGACAUCUCAAAAGCUAAUAAACUGUUGAUCAGGCUGAAGGACUCAACAUUCUUGAGUUAAAGAGAUGAGUUAAGGUUCAGUUCCCCCUCGGAAAUCAGAUGUGUUUCACUUCAUUAAUACAGUGGCUGUACUGACGCUCUCCAUGUUACCAGGGAUAAGUGCAAACGAACAUUAGGCUGUUUUGAAUGUCUGCAGCUUGAAUGUGUUUGCUUCCUUAUCUAGAAAUCAAACGGGUGACUAUUUCUAAUUCAACAAUAAUCUGAUGUAAAACUGAAUCUACUUCCAGAAAUGACACAUACACACUGAUAGAAGUAAAAGGUUUCCGAAUUGUUGCCCAUUCAUGAAAUAUGAACAGAAAUACAGCACUUCACCAUUUUGUCGGUAUCACUCUGAUGUGGACAGAAAAUGUUUCCAUGUGACUGUAACACAGAGCUGCUCUUUGUUUGCCAUGGUGAAAAGUUGGGUUUCUCUCCCAGUCUCAUUUGGGUCUCGUGCUUUAUUAGCUUAUUAUUUUGUAUUUUCUCCAUCACAGGUUAUUUUGCACUGUCCAGUUCUGGAGUAGAUCUGAAACAAACUUGUGCAGAGGUGUUUCAGUGUGACUAAGAGCUGUUUGUUUACCGGUUUUUGCUUUAAUUGACAUUUCAGUUGAGAUCAUGUGGUGCAAAUUAAGACCUCCAGCGUGGGCUGGGUCGAGAUCUUUGUAGUUAUCUUCCGCAGACGCUUUGUUUAAUAGAAACUAUUCCUCUACGGGAUCAGAAAUCCCUGACCGACAACACACUGCUGUCGUCAACCUGCAGGAGAAGAGUGUGCGUUUGUCAUCUUGCCUCAGCAUGGACUGUAGCUGGGGAGCCUGUCGUACCUUGUUUGUGUGCAGACAUGUGCACCUUAAACCCUGAUUAGGCGUGUGUGUGUGCACUGAUCUGACCCAGUGUGUGGCAGUAGGUAGCCAGACGUGGAUUAGUGCAGUACGAGGCUGUUUCACAUGGCUAAAAAAAGCACGAGUACCGUUUGUCGGCUGUAGCUACAACACAUGACCCACAUCAGCUGGGCCCACUUCUACCGUUGGGCUGCUUCUGUCUGUAGGUUAAAGGUGCUAAUCUAGAAUAUGAUCUGAUCGAGGAGGAUCUACUAGUAAUAUAACAGGAACUCUGCCAGACAAGGUCUCUGAGGUUGGAUCGGCCUGGUUCCUCUCUGCAGGAGUGAAUACAAACAGCUGCCACAGGGACAGGUGGAGUUUAUCGCUUCGCUCUCAAAUUAGUGCUCAAAAUGUUGUCCAGAAAUAAUCACACGGCUGCUCUUUGUUCUCACUUUUAGCCUUAGAAUAAAUCAAUAAAAAAAAAUGCAGUGAUAUGGAGCAAUUGUCCCUAGAGCCCUCCGUUUGUAUAAAAUAAAGUGGAGGGAUUCUGGGGUUGUUAAUACUUCUGUUGUGCAUUCAGUUAAAUUACUCGAUGGGGAAAUAGGGGAAUAUUUUUGUAUGCAUUGUACAUUUAUAACCAAAAAGAGUCCAUUAUUUAUUAGCACUAAUUAAAUUCUACAUGUAUCACUUGUGCUUGGUUCAACGAUUUGUUCUGGAUGUACGGAUAUAUCAUGAAUCUACAGCAUCUUUUCUUUGUGUGCAUCUUUAGAGUCUUCCUCAGCUGACCUAGUUUAUGCUACAAAUGACUGUACUAAUGUAAGGGGAGUCACUGUGCCACAUGUGUAAUGUUAUUGCAAAAUAAAAAGCCCAAAGUAGACACCUACCUCUACCUUGUGGAGUUCAUACAAGUCAAAA